CAAAGUAAACCCACGACAUACCAUUCUCAUAGAACACAAUGCUUAUCCCCACCACGCGCGUUUACAACGAACUGGACGAGUUCGAGCGUCAUAUCCACAGAUUAUCCACGGGCCCUCCUGCAUUAGACCCAGACACCAAAACAUGGGACUACUUCCCGGGAGCUUGCAACCUCCGCUUCGAAUCCGCGACUCGCGGUCCCCCCGCACGAUGCUCAUAUCUCUUCACCAUCGUCCCGGAGCUGUGCAAUAUCGCCGGCAACCUGCACGGUGGAUGUGCGGCCACCAUAGUGGACUGCCUCACCUCCGUACUGCCUCUGGCACUCUCGAGUCCCGGUCAUUUCUCGACGGCGGGAACCACGCGAAACCUCCACUUGACUUAUAUACGUCCCGUGCCGGUGGAGACGGAGGUGCGGAUAGUCUGCGAGAUGGUCAAUAUGGGGCAACGGAUGGUUCUGAUCAAGGCGGAGAUCUGUCGCGCGGAGGAUGGCAAGGUCUGUAUUGUGGCGGACCACGAGAAAGUCAACAUCGAUGGCGGGUCGUCUCUAUGAAAAAGAGAGGGAAGAGGGGGGUGGAGAUGCUUGUGGUGUGACCGUGGACGAAGGAUUUAUGUGCUAUACAGACUAUCUGUGAUUAUGUGGUCUUUCCUACGCAACCAUUGAGACUUUUCCGCUAGGCAGGUCCUCAUAUACUAUCAG